AUGGACAGUUCAAAGAAACCUCAGAAAGAAAAUCCACGGCGAUUAGCAAAUAUAUUUUCACAAUUAAUAUUUGGCUGGUCCAUACCGAUGCUGUACAAAGGUUGUCGCCAAGGCUUAAAUACCGAAGAUCUUACAAAAUGCUUGCCAGAAGAUUAUUCCGAAGAGUUGGGCGAUCAAUUGGAGAGAAAUUGGUAUAAGGAAGUGGAAAAAUCUCGGGCUCAAAAUCGUGAACCACUAUUACGCACUGCCAUUUUGAAGACAUUUUGGCGUUCGGCCAUUGUCGAUGGUCUUAUCUGUUUAAUUUACAUUACUAUUAAAUCACUUAUACCCGCCGUAUUAGCUCAAUUAUUACUGCAAUUCCAGAAGACUACAACACCACCAAUUAUCAAUGACUCCAGCAAAACAUUUACACUGAAUGGUGAUGAAGAUGUGUCGUCGUCGAUGCCAACGACAAUGCUUUUUAAUGGAAAUGGGACUCUUGAUCGAAAUGUCCGUUCUAUAGAUAUUAAUCAAAACAAUAAUGAUGGCUCAAAUCCCAAUCUAUUACCACCUGAUGAUGGUAAACUACUCGCGACGAAUAAUUUCAGUUCGGUAACAGCAGAACCAAGUAAUCCGCCAGAAUAUAAUACUGUUAUAGAUUUCUUGUGGAAUGAUGUUCACUGUUUGGGAGCAAUAUUGGUAGUAUCAACUCUUAUCGGUUGUUUUCUCAUACAUCACGUGGACUUGAGGCAAAGACUAAUGGGUGCACGAAUGCGUAUUGCCUGCUGUUCGCUUAUAUAUCGUAAGACCAUCAGCCUUUCGAUGAAGGCAGCUGGUCAAACCCCGGCAGGGUAUCUCAUUAAUUUACUUUCGAACGAUGUCAAUCGUUUGGAUUACGGUUUCAUAUUUGUCCAUUGGAUAUGGAUUCUGCCAUUGCAAUCGGUGCUAAUUUGUUAUUUAAUAUGGACGAAAAUUGGUGUGGCUGCAGUUGUGGGUGUGGUAGGCCUUUUGCUAAAAACAAUACCCGUACAAACUGGCCUCAGUAAGCUAGCCUCUAAAUUGCGCAUGAAAAUCGCCGAACGCACAGAUGCUCGUGUUGGCAUAAUGAACGAAUUGGUCCAGGGUAUACAGGUGAUAAAAAUGUAUGCCUGGGAAAAACCAUUCCAGAAUGUGGUCAAGGAGGCACGUCGCCGUGAGGUUAAACAAAUUCGUUAUGCCUCCUAUUUGAGAGGGUUCUAUUUGAGUACCAUGGUCUUUACCGAACGUUCCACGUUGUAUAUAACAAUAGCAGCUGCUGUAUUGCUGGGUAGUGCUGUUUCGGCUGAUAUUGUUUUUUCCAUGGCUGGUUAUUAUAACAUUUUCCAAUUGGUGGCGGCAAUUUGGUAUCCUUUGGCUGUGUCAUUUGGUGCUGAGGCUUUGGUAUCCCUAAAACGUGUGCAAAUAUUUUUGAAAAUGGAAGGUUGUGAAGAAAAUACCCCAGGUUUGGUGUACAAAAGCAAUAUUGAGGGUGAUAAACAUGCGGUGACGCUAAAAAAUGUGUCGGCGAAUUGGGAUAACUUGAAGCCACAGAAAACUUUACAGAAUAUUGAUUUGGUGAUACCCAAGGGUCAGCUGUGUGCCAUUAUUGGGCCUGUCGGUGCUGGCAAGAGUUCCAUUAUCCAAUUGAUUUUGGGAGAGCUGCCUUUGACCCAUGGCGACGUAGAGAUACAGGGUAACAUUUCAUAUGCUGCCCAGGAACCUUGGCUAUUUACCGGUACCGUACGCAACAACAUACUUUUCGGUGAGGAAUUCAAUCGCAAACGUUAUGAUGAGAUUACCAAAUGUUGUGCUUUAUCGACGGAUUUCCAACAAUUGCAUAAUGGCGACAAGACUGUGGUUGGAGAACGUGGUGCCUCACUGUCUGGUGGCCAAAGAGCAAGAAUAAGUUUAGCUCGGGCAAUUUAUAAACCAGCAAAUAUCUAUCUCUUGGAUGAUCCUCUAAGUGCCGUAGAUGCCCAUGUGGGACGUCAUUUAUUCGAUGAGGUAAUAGGUCCCAAGAGUCGUUUGGCUGGUGAAAAGGCCACACGGAUUUUGGUAACACAUCAAAUACAUUUCCUUAAUGAGGCUGAUUGGAUUGUCAUUGUGGAAAAUGGUAAAGUUUCCCGUCAGGGUACCUAUAGUGAUUUGCUAUCAAGUGAAUUGGAUUUUGCCAAACUUUUGGAUAGACAACAAACGGCCAGUCCAAAUGGUGUAAUUUCGGAAGACAAUAGCUUAUAUGAGGAUGAUGAUGAUAUACCCUACAUAGAUGGACAACAAGAAUCGCCAGGCUACCAAGCGGUGAGAAGAAAAAGUAGUACUAUGGAUGGUUCAAUGGUAAAGAAAUCGGAAAGUGCCGAACGUGAUGAAUCUGAGAGCAAAGAAAUGGAAGAAGAACAGGCUGAAGGUGGUGUCAGUGGCCGUGUUUGGUUGGAAUAUUUCCGUGCUGGCAGUACCCUCAUGGGUUUUAGUUUUAUGGUUUUCGUAAUGCUGAUGUCUCAAGUCGUCUGCAGUGGUUCGGAUUAUUUUGUAAAUAUUUGGACGCAACAGGAAUAUUUGCGUUCCAUUAAUGAGACUACGGUAUUGACAACAUAUGAAUGCCUUUAUAUUUAUGGUGCUCUUAUUAUUGGUGUUGUUGUGAUGACCGUUUUUCGUGGCUUCCUUUUCUUCAAAGUGUGCAUGCAUGCCUCUAAAGUUCUACACGAUCGAAUGUUUAGUUCGAUUUUGAAUGCUGCCAUGCGAUUCUUUGAUCAAAAUCCAUCCGGACGGAUACUAAAUCGCUUUUCCAAAGAUAUGGGAGCAAUUGACGAAUUUUUACCCAAAUCCAUGAUGGAUUUUAUACAAAUUGCCUUGGUAAUGUUUGGUAUAUUGGUGGUGAUAUGUGUUGUUAACCCAAUACUGAUGUUGGCCAUUGCUGUGGUGACUCUAAUCGAUUGUUUGAUAUUGAAAAUAUACUUGAGACCAUCGCAGGAUUUAAAACGUUUGGAGGGUAUAUGUCGUAGUCCGGUCUUUUCUCACUUGUCGGCUUCGCUAACCGGUUUGGCAACAAUAAGAUCUCGAAAUUUACAAGACACUGUGGCCAAGGAAUUUGAUCAAUUGCAGGAUGUACACAGUGGUGUAUGGCAAUUAACCAUGGCUUCAAAUACCGCACUGGGUUUGUGGUUGGAUUGUGUUAGCUGUUGUUUCCUGACCUGUGUAACCUUUAGUUUUAUUAUUAUCAGUGGGCAAACCUAUAGCGGCAACGUGGGCUUAGCCAUAUCCCAAGCAAUGAUCCUAACCGGCAUGGUGCAGUACGGUGUACGCCAAGUAGCCGAAUCUCUACAACAAAUGACCAGCGUCGAGCGUGUCCUACAAUACACCGAUUUGGAAAAAGAAUGCACUGAAACAAAACAGCCGCCCAUUAGUUGGCCCACACAUGGUCUCAUUGAAUUCCGCAACAUGUCUUGCCGAUAUGAUCCGAACGGUGAAGCAGUAUUGAAGAAUUUAAAUUUGACCAUACAACCAGGCUGGAAGGUGGGCAUUGUGGGACGUACAGGUGCUGGUAAAUCCUCACUAAUAGGUGUGCUGUUUCGUUUGGCUUAUAUUGAGGGUGGUGUAAUAAUCGAUGGCAUCGAUACGGGUACAAUAACACGUGAAUCGUUGCGUUCGAAAAUCUCAAUUAUACCGCAAGAUCCGGUGUUGUUUUCGGCAACAAUACGUUAUAAUUUAGAUCCAUUUGAAAAAUAUUCGGAUGCUGAUAUAUGGAAGGCAUUGGAGGAGGUGGAAUUGAAAAGCGCCAUACCUGGUCUAGAUUUCCUGGUUACCGAACGCGGCAGUAAUUUUAGUGUUGGUCAGCGUCAGCUGAUCUGUUUGGCCCGUGCUGUUUUGCGAAAUAAUAAAAUAUUGGUGCUAGAUGAGGCCACCGCUAAUGUGGAUCCACAAACCGAUGCUCUAAUACAGCAAACAAUACGCAUUAAAUUCAAACAUUGUACAGUUCUGACUGUAGCUCAUCGUUUACAAACUGUUAUGGAUAGCGAUCGAAUAUUGGUUAUGGAUGCUGGUCAAGCCAAAGAAUUCGAUAUACCCUAUGUACUACUACGUAAUCCCAACGGUGCCUUACGACAAAUGGUCGAAGCAACAGGAAGUGAGGCAGAAACGCUAAAGAAGAUUGCCAGUAAAGCCUAUCAUGGUGCUGAAAAAUAA